AUGCGUCGAAAAGAAGGGCUGCGCGAGCUCGUAACCGGGAGGAUCAGGAAGGGAGGCGAGAAGGAAUGGGCGGCCGUGAGACGGCUCAUGAUCCAGCCAGAGCCUGGAGGCGUCCACGGAAUGGUCCAGGUGCUGGACUUGGUACAGCCAAACCUAGAAAGGUUGGAAAUCCUGGGGGUGGCGAAACACCAAUUUGGCCCCCCUCAGGUAGCGCCGGGCGAGACGCUGGAGGGAAAACUCCUCGGGAUGGACUUCACAUUCGGUCGUCUCACGCACAUCCACAUUCGGCCCGGAGCGCUCUGGUCCGGCGGCAUCUGCCAGCUCCUCUGCAGCGCCGCCCCGGCAUUGGUCGCCCUCAACGUCGACCUCGUCAGCCACAAGCUGGUGGACGAGGAUGAUCAUACUCGCAUCGAAAAGCUUCGUUUCAACCUCAGUGACGAUCACGGAGAUGACGACUGGGACGCGCACCGCAUCGUCACCCAAAUCGUCAAGCACAGUCCUCGCCUGCGGCAGGUCAUCCUCCCCUUUCUAAAUUAUCAGGAUUUCUCGGACGACGACCUAUCGUCUGCGCUAGCCGAGCUCCCCUCGCUCACGGACCUUUAUUGGUCAAUUCGGUUUAGUGAACCCGUCGAAAUACCCAGUCUAAAGACACUACAUUAUGACUACUCGGCGGUCGAUGGCAAUCCCACAUCAUCAGCUCCACAUCCGACGACCGAUACUCCCAGCGCAGAGGCUCUGCUGGAGCUCUUGGCUAGCUACCUGCCAGCGGGCGAGCUCGCCACGGUCCAUACGCUUAGGAGUCGGGUGGAACUAGGGGAUCACGACCUCUUCAAACGGCUCGACGAAAUCGAACGAAACGGGGGCACCAUGACUGGUGUCGUUUCGUCCUACCACGGCCCGGGAGACGACGAAUGUCUAAUCCACGCUCGUUUUUACAACAACUUUGCCGAAGUCGCGGACCUUCCCUGGCCGAUUGAGGGGUCCAUACUGGCGCCCGACCUACAAUCUUUCAUAUAUACCGACUGGUCCACCAGAGACUUUAAGAAUCGGGCGAAACUGUUCAAGGAACAGUCCGUGGGGUCUUGGCAUCACUACACCCUUUACGAUUCCAAGACGGUGCCGAUGGAGAUCAUCGAGAAGAUGAGGGUCGCUCAGAGAAUGAGCAAAGAAGGAUGGGAGAAGCGGGGUGUAAAGGAUGAUCAGGAUGAUCACCCAUAUUUCAAGGACUGGGUCAAGGUUUCGGACACCGACGAGCGAGAAGCGGUCAACGGGCGGUGA